CACCGGCAGCGCCUGUUAACCCGUACAGUACAGUACAGUGUACACGCACAGCGCUAAAAAGUUGCCAACAAACACUGACACGUCAGUUUCAGUUGUCAGGCUGAGUAAUCGACACUCGACAGAAAUAUUGACAUGGCAGUUUCACCGGGCGCUGUUAUCGCGAUAUUGUUAUGUAUAAUAUCUUCGGAAACAGUGUUAUCUAAUAAAGCCCGUAAUGUUCUCGUAUUACUCGCGGAUGAUGGAGGAUUCGAACUCGGUGUGUAUCGAAAUAAGAUUUGCCAAACUCCAAACAUAGAUGCACUGGCACGACGCAGCCUCAUCUUUAAUAAUGCUUUUUCUUCCGUUAGCAGUUGUUCGCCCAGUCGAGCAGCACUCUUGACUGGUACGCCAAGUCAUCAAAAUGGCAUGUAUGGGCUGCAUCAUGGUGUACAUCAUUUCAAUUCCUUCGAUAAUGUUACAAGUUUGCCAAAAAUAUUGCAAGAAAAUGGAAUAUACACAGGUAUAAUUGGAAAGAAGCAUGUGGGGCCACAGAGUGUAUAUCAAUUUGACUUCGAGCAGACAGAAGAGAAUAACCACAUCAACCAAGUGGGCCGGAACAUCACGCAUAUGAAACUGCUUGCCAGAAAAUUCCUCGCAGAAGCCAAUAAGCAAAACAAGCCUUUCUUCCUGUACGUUGGAUUUCACGAUCCGCACCGUUGUGGACAUAGCGAGCCUCAAUGGGGACCGUUCUGCGAGCGGUUCGGCUCCGGUGAGCCUGGUGCUGGUCGCAUCCCAGACUGGCUACCCUGGUACUAUCAGUGGGAUGAAGUGCAACUGCCGUACCAUGUGCAAGAUACGGAAGCUGCGCGAAGGGAUAUUGCGGCACAGUAUACAACAAUGUCAAGACUUGACCAAGGUGUUGCUCUCAUGCUGAAAGAAAUAGAAACAGCCGGACACAAAGACGACACAUUGGUCGUAUAUACAUCAGACAAUGGAAUUCCCUUCCCAUCCGGUCGAACAAACUUCUAUGACCCCGGACUUCGAGAACCAUUAAUCAUUUCAUCACCUGAACCUAAUGCCAGGAAAAAUGAAGUGUCUGGUGCUAUGGUCAGCUUGCUGGACAUCAUGCCCACUGUUCUGGACUGGUUUAGAAUUAAAAGAAAACAGGAAAUGAGCAAUGAUAUAUGGGGUGAUGACCAGCCAAAAAGCUUACUACCAAUAUUAGAAAAGGAACCACCACAUUCAGAUAAAGAAGCAAUAUUUGCAUCGCAAACUCAUCAUGAGAUUACCAUGUACUACCCAAUGCGGGCAGUGCGCACGCGCCGUUACAAACUUAUUCAUAAUUUGAACUACGGCAUGCCAUUCCCAAUAGAUCAAGAUUUGUACGUCUCGCCUACUUUUCAGGAUAUCCUUAACCGCACUCGCAGUAAGCAGCAGCUGCCGUGGUACAAAACGCUUAAACAGUAUUACUACCGACCACAAUGGGAGCUUUAUGAUUUGAAAAGUGAUCCUGAGGAGACCAAUAAUUUACAUGGUAAACCGUCUCUGGAGGAAGUCGAAUCAACAUUGCGCGAACGUCUUCACGAAUGGCAGCGUUCCACUCGCGACCCGUGGCUCUGUUCGCCCGAUGCCGUGCUGGAGCGCGAGGACAGCAGCGCCGUGUGCCGCUCGCUAGACAACGGCCUCUCGCACUACCAUCCGAGGUAGUCGGCGCUCGGCGGUGUUUGUAAUUUAAAAUAUUACGAAUUAUAUAUAUGAAAUGUAAAGUAACAAGGCGUAAUUUAUAAAUGUCGUUUUGAGGGUAUAAGUUAAACAUUGCUGUCUUCUUUCGAAUGACAAAUCGAUGAUGACAAAGAGAAAAAUCGUGUUUAAUGAAAUAUACGCUGAACAACGUUUAUAAAUAGGGCCCGAUUAUUCUUUUCUAAAUUAAUUAGUAAUUUAACAAUUUUAGUGUCUUUAUUUUGUUAGUAAUUUUUACAGAAAGUUUUUUGUCAUUUCAAAAUGUUACAAAUAAUGGGCAAAUAUUUAUUAAACUAAUUUAUGUAAAAAGUAACAAAUGGGAUGUCAUAAACAAACUAUUAAUGACAGACCUCAAGCAAUCCACCCAAUCCAAUCUAUUCAAGGUCAAAAUUGUCUUUUUAUUUUUUGAACUGGUUACUGGUACCUUUGGAAUGCUUGGAAGGCUAUGAUGCGUAAAUGCCGUAGACAGAGAUCUCUUUCUACGGUAAACGCAGUUCUAUGUAAAAUGGCGAAAAAUAAACGACAUUUAACACAAAAACCUCACUAUUAAUGUAGUUUUCACAAGAUUUGUGUUAAAAUUAUAAAAUAUUAUGAACAGAUUAAUGAUAUUAUUUUAAGUAUAAGAUAAGAUCACUGUGAAUCUUUUUGUAAAAAGAUACAUCUUUAACUUUAUAUUAGUCUACUAAAUGUUCUCUUUAAUAUUGAUCUUAAAAUUUAUCAAAUAUUUAGAUUUAGAAUCAUUAGAAAUAUAUUGUUAUUUAUUUAAAAAUAUUUUAAUGAUUAUCUUGCCUUUAAAUAUCUUAAAUUAAAAU